CUGCUGCUGCGACUCACUGCACACAUAAUGCAAAACCUAUGAUAGUGUGAAACUGUGACGAUAAGUUCCCCAACAACUGAAGAAUCCAACGGCAUCUGUGCAGACAGAGAAGUAUAAUGCUGGCAAUGACUCAUUACUCGCAUAUCAUCCAUCACAACAGCAGAGGAUCUGGUCUUUGUUUCAGCCUUCCCACCAUAAAUGGUGUUUGGUAGGAAUAAAACCACGUAUGUAUAUGCUGGAAAAUGAAACAUUCUCUUGAUGUAACAUAACAUCACAACAUGGCAAAUCAAGAGAACUACACCAUCUGGACUGAUAGAGGCAACAAUUUGUCCAAGGGGGAGCCAAAUGAGAACAUAUAGUGGUAGAGCAACAUACCAACAAUAAAACCCAAAAUGAUAUGAGAGCCAAUCUGCUCUUCCUUACCGGACAAUAUGAGAGCCGGCGGCAAGAGGGGGAGAACCACCUAGGUCCCGUCCAUACUCCCCUUAUUACCCUCCAAAACCCCUGCCCCGCAAAUGAUUGACCCCUCAGAAAACAUCACCAAAGAAAAAAGUGACCAUCGCUUGAGAUCACGUCUUCUAUAAACGAAAUUGAUGAUCAAUCGAUUAUUCACAGCAUAUCCAUAAUUUUUAAGGAAUACCCAAAUCGCCAUGCAAGAGUAUUAAACUGUAUAAAGGAAGAAAAUAUGAAAAAAAAAAAAGGUUAAAUUUUUUUAUUAAACGAGACAAAGAAAGGUAGUUGCUAUAUUUAUUAUUUUAUAUAGUAUAUAAUCUGCCAUUUUUUUACGGCAUUUUAUGUCGAUUAAAAAGUAAAAGAAAAAAAAAAAAAAAGAGAGAAAAAAAAAGAAGGGGAAAAUCAAAGAGUCCUCUCUGUCUCGGACUGAGAGUAGGGCUUUAGUCUCGCUUUCCACACUCUUCAACGCAUAAAGAGGGCAGCAAACUUUGCAUCUCUGCGCCCUUUUUUUCUCUCAUCAUCAAAAGUUGAAGAAUCAGUGAAGCUGUUGAAUAUAUAUAUAAUGAUGGGAGAAAGAAUCUCACCAGGGAGUUAUUUUCAAUACCCUCCACGUGGUUUCCCUUCUGUUUCUCCUCAUAGACCUUCAUCUAUUCCUACAGAUCGUGAAAGAUACUUAGCUGAAUUAUUCACAGAGAAAGAGAAGUUGGGACCUUUCACACAAGUUCUUCCUCAAUGCACCAGGCUUCUUAAUCAAGAGAUCAGAAGGGUCUCAGGUUUUAGUUCGAGUUUAUUGGAUCAUGAGAGAUUUGAGCAUGAUAGUCCUAUUAGGUCAUUUGGUCAUCAUCCCAAUGGAAGACAAAUGGAUUUGGAAGGAUGGUCCAUAAUGCAAACAGAGGAAAAUGGGCAUCUGCAACGAGUUGCUCCGGUUCAAGCUGCAUCAAUGGGUUGGCCUGGUUUGCCAGGAGCUCCAACAACACCGAUUGUAAAGAAAGUUGUUAGACUCAAUGUACCUGUGGAUCAAUAUCCUAGUUAUAAUUUUGUUGGUCGAAUAUUGGGACCACGAGGAAACUCCCUAAAGAGAGUUGAAGCUGUGACUGAGUGUAGGGUGUACAUAAGAGGCAAAGGUUCUGUCAAAGAUUCUGUUAAGGAAGAGAAACUAAAAGAUAAACCCGGAUUCGAACACCUUAAUGAGCCGUUGCAUGUGUUGGUGGAGGCUGAACUUCCCGAAGAUGUGAUAAAUUCUCGUUUGGACUACGCUGUUGCCAUACUAGAAAAUCUUCUGAAACCUGUGGAUGAAUCCUUGGAUAACUAUAAGAAACAACAGCUUAGGGAGUUAGCUUUACUAAAUGGUACAUUAAGGGAAGAGAGUCCGAAAAUGAGCCCGACUAUGAGCCCUAGUAUGUCGCCCUUUAACGGUACUGGAAUGAAACGAGCCAAGACAGGAAGAUGACCCUUACAGUGAUGGGAUGUUGAGUCAAGAAGAGCUAGUCAAACUCGCUACUCAGUUUCGAGCAAUGAUGGUUCACAUCUAGGUUGUCCUUCUCCAUUGAUCCCUUUUGAUUCAUAUAUCAAUCCCCCAUCAGGAUGACUUUAGUUAAAAAUAACCUAUGCCCUAAUUAUUUUAGUCAAAAACCUCUAAUAUAGUUGGAAGAUUCUUCUUACUUACAGUCAUACAUAUGCAGCAUUCUCUCUUGAUGAUAAUUACUAUUAUUAUUUAUUAUAAGAUAAAAUCAUUGUAUUGUAUUUUGACUUAAUAAUAAGUAUUUUUUUUUCAAA